AUGCCGGCAGGACAAAGCGGCAGGGUGCAGUGGUAUUUGCUCUUUGUGGCUGUGACCUGGGGCACCGGCCUUUUCCACUCGCCAGCCCAGGGUCUGCAAAGGAUCGCCCUGAGGAGGAUGCCCUCCAUCCGCCAGACGCUGCAGGAGAUGGGCGUGAAGGUGUCGGACGUCUUCCCCGAGCUGCAGCAGAGCAAACGCCACGGCGCGGCUGGCCCUCGAAACGGGACGGCUCCCACCAUCCUCACUAACUACCUGGAUACCCAGUACUUCGGGGAGAUCAGCAUCGGCACCCCAGCGCAGACCUUCAAGGUGGUCUUUGACACGGGCUCGGCUAACCUGUGGGUGCCGUCGCACAAGUGCUCACCCCUGUACAGUGCCUGCGUUUCUCACAGCCGCUACGACUCUUCUAAAUCACGCACCUACAUUGCGAACGGCACGGGGUUCGCUAUCCGCUACGGGACGGGGAGCGUCAAAGGUUUCCUCAGCCAGGACAUCGUCAUGGUAUCAGAUAUCCCCAUCAUCCAGGUCUUCGCAGAGGCCACGGCGCUGCCUGCCUUCCCCUUCAUCUUCGCCAGGUUUGACGGGGUGCUGGGCAUGGGCUACCCGAGCCAGGCCAUCGACGGCAUCACCCCCGUCUUCGACCGGAUCCUCUCCCAGCAGAUCCUCAAGGAGGACGUAUUUUCCGUCUACUACAGCCGGGUGUCCGUAGGGGCUGAAACUUUAUUCUGCAAAGAAGGCUGCUCGGUGGCAAUCGACACGGGAGCGUCCUACAUCACCGGCCCGGCCGGCCCCGUGUCUGUGCUGAUGAAAGCCAUCGGGGCGGUUGAAAUGGCUGAGGGAGAGUUCGUUGUCGACUGUGACAGAGUCCCGCAGCUGCCCAACGUCUCCUUCCACCUGGGGGGGAAGGCGUACGGGCUCAGCGGCUCAGCCUACGUCCUCCGGCAGUCCCAGUACGGAGAGGACGUCUGCGUCAUGGCUUUCUCGGGUCUGGACAUCCCACCCCCGGCCGGCCCUCUCUGGAUCCUAGGAGCCACCUUCAUCGGGCACUACUACACCAAAUUUGACCGGCGCAACAACCGCAUCGGCUUUGCCACGGCCCUCUGA